GUAAUUUGCCACCGUCUGGUGUUGGUUUAUCACCAGACAAUUCAACACCAUUAGUGACAAUAGUUGUCACCAAAUUGGUUACAAAUCGACACCACGGCGGUGGAGUCAUAUAUGCUAACCAAACGGUGUUAAAUUUACACCGUUUUUAUCAAUAUUUUUAGCAGUAUACUUGCAAAAUUGAGUUUCUUGCUACAUCAGAACCCUGGGUAGGAUCAAGGUUAAUCGUAAAUAUGAUGGAGAGGUUCAGACAAAAUCGUCAGUUAGGAUUCAUCCACUUGCUACUCAACCACUGAUGGAAGUAUAUCUUAAUUAAAUAAGUUACUGGAUUAAAUGUAAAAUGAGAUCCAAAAAUUUAUUAAUUUUUUCCAUCAUAUUUUCCUGUUUUUCGCAAAUUCUCGCAAACUCUGAGGAAACGGAAGACGACGACUGGUUUUCCUUCUCCUCCUCCUCCGAGGAACAAGACUUAGACAAGAAUAAUUCUACCGUUAAGAAAUCAGCUCCAAUAAAAGAGAAGCGGUGGAACCGAGCCGGACUAUGUGACCAUGACGUGAUCACCUCAGUUAUUCUCAAACUAAUUUUGGACGCACAGGACAAAAUGGCAAAGGGGGACAAUAGCACCGGACUGAUGCCCUUGGAUCCCAUUUACAUCCCGGAAAUUGUCAUGGAUCCCGAGAAAAUGCGGAGAGAUGUCGAUGGCGGUGGGGAAGGCGACGGAAAUUCUCCGAUUCAAGGAACCAUUACGGAUGUCUACAUUAAAGGUUUAUCAAAAUUUAACGUCACCGGAAUUAACGCCGACCUGCAAAAAAUGUUUGUCAACAUUUCAAUCGCUUUAGAAUCAAUAUCAAUUUCAGGAACUGGCCGACUUAAAAUCGGCCCCGUCUACUUCCCAAUUUUUGGAAAGGGGAAAUUCCUCUUUAAACCGGAAGGCGUGGAUACCUCAAUCCUGGUAGAAUUUGGCACACAUGAGAAUGGAACGAGAUAUCUGAAGGAUUUUGAUUAUGGACUGGCCCUGAAAAAACUUUAUGUCGAACUGACCCCUCCCUUCCGUCCAGUCAGGGGGUGGAAUCCCUUAGCUGGUGUCUUAAGUGGGGUAGGUGCCAGACUUUUCAACACGUUGGAGCAAAGGCUGCACCCAAGAUUGAGGAGUCGAGGGAGCCAAGAAGUUUCUAAGAGGAUGGGGACCUGGAAAAUGUUAAAUGAAGAAGUUAUAGAAAAUAUGAUCAAUCAUUCCGUAUUCUGCUACUUUGGUUAAAAAAUAUAUUCUUAGAUGAAUAAUGUGCAAAUUUACUUAAUUCAUGUGCGAUUCUGUCCGAUUUUAUGAAUUCGUAGGAAAUAUAUAAUUAUACAGUUGCGUAGUUCAAGUGAUUUUGGGCGGAAAUUGAUAAAACAAAAAUUUGUGAAAAUAAAUUUCCAAAUUUUUUAGUACGCUUUUA